CGCCUCGGGACUAGGUUCGGACUCCAUCCAGUCGCACCACCAAACUUGCGCAAGUUCGAUGCAAUGGUCCUCUUCUUUACCUCCACAGCCCACGACCCGCCCGUGACGAUCUACAUGGGCAAGGACAAGUUCGAGAACGAGGACUUGAUCAAGUACGCGUGGCCACAGGACAUAUGGUUCCACGUCGACAAGCUCUCCUCGGCGCACGUCUACAUUCGAAUGCCUGAGGGCAUGACAUGGGACGCGAUCCCAGAGUCGGUUCUCAUUGAUUGUGCUCAGCUUGUGAAAGCGAACUCCAUUGAAGGGAACAAGAAGGAUAACUUGACCGUGAUCUACACGCCAGCUGACAAUCUCAAGAAAACGGGUGAUAUGGCCGUCGGUCAAGUUUCAUUCCACAACGACAAGCGAGUCAAGCGCAUACACGUCGAGAAGCGUGAGAACGCUAUAGUCAACCGGCUCAAUAAGACAAAGGUCGAGCGACAGGUCGAUCACGAGCAAGAACGUGUUGACCGCAUCAAGAAGGAGAAUGCCGCAAAGCGGGCCGCUGCCGCACAGAAGAAGAAGGCCGAUGCUGACCUGGCAAGGGCACGCGAGGCAGAGAAGGCUGCUCGCUCCUACGACAACCUGGACAUUGAUGAAGACGAGAUCGAGCCGCAAAAGUCUGUACAGGAAAUGAUGGAUGAUUUUAUGUAGGAAGUGGAGAAUUCAUUUAUCGACGCUCUCAACAAUGUUGUACAAUGUACUGGAGACAUCUUAUCGCAGACCCCCCCGGGUGUCCGCAAUGUCUGACGGAUUUAUUAGUCCGUCAACGGUCAACGCAUCGGAGUUGAAGGCUUAGAGACUCAUCGAG